CAAGUUCAAACCAGUUGUAAAAUAUGUCCGAUCGAAGUGGUUAUUACACAUUAAGCUCUCUCUUUCCUAGUACUUUCCUCCCCUUGGGAAAUUUUGAAAGAUCGUCCAUCUUACUUCAGAACCCUUUUCUUGCUGCUUCCAGCUAUUAUUUUUCACAGUUUGGAGGAUUCUUUUCUCAAGCUCUCCUGAACUUUUUUUGGUUACGCUGCUUUCAGGCAAUGAUGAAGAAAUCUCCAACAUAUUCGAGAUAUGAAACAAGUGCUUACAGUGGCGAUGGAUUUGAUCCCCAUGUGGACUUCUCGCAGUUCAUGGAAGAAGCAAGACGCCACGCAGGAGGAGUAGAUUUCCAGCGCUCCCCAUUCAAUCCAGAAGAAAGUGGAAAGAAAAGAUUGCCCGAAGAGAAACAGGGCAAGAAAUCAUGGAAAAAUUCUCUUUUAUCAUGGUGGAAGACUGACAGAAAGCGCGACAGGCCUCAAGUGGAACCGACAAGUAGUUCUUACAUUUCUGUUACAAAACGGCGUCUCGUUUCUGGUCCAAUACAUGGCAGUGGCAAGACCAAUGAUGGCAGGCAGUGGCACCGGCGUUCCACAUCUGGGCCUCUCACCGGUCUUUUCAACCCCACAAAGAGAGUGGAGAAUGGGAUACCUUAUGUGAGUCUUGACCAGCUUGACAGACCUCAUGCCGUUCAGACCUAUGGACCUGUUUACCUCGUAACUUAGUGUAUGGACACCAACAAACAUCAACAACAAGUUUUCGAGUCAAAUCUGAAUCUGGUGCAUCUGCAUUUUCCGCA